ACCGAUGGGGAUCAUCAGCUCCGAUCAGCCGCGCCCUGGCCUGCGGCACCCCCCGGCCGAUGCCGGUGCCGGUGCCGGUGCCGAUCGAGAUUGUCCGGCGAGCUGCCUUCUCCGCAUCACUGCCAUCAUCGACAGCCGGACCAACGCAUCCACCGCCUGCUGCGAUACCGACGACGUACACAAUGCCUCGAAAAUCCAGAUCACCUUCGUCAUCGCCGACCCUCCUCAGGUCUCCUACUUCUGCGCCUACUGCACCGGAUCUAUCUUCACCGAGAAGCCGACCAUCGUCCACACGGAGGGCAAUCUCGCCCUCCUCUACACCAGCGUUUCGAAACCGAACUGCUACGGGCUCGACCGGUACGCCUUCUAUGUCUACCACGCUAACGGCGGCUCCGGCGGGGGGCCGUCCCUCAACAUACUCCCGCAGCCCAGCGGCCGCCGUAUCGUCGAACGGUCUCAGAUUGGGCUCCUCCCCGGGCCCGGAGGCACCCGCGACUACCAUGUCGCCGCACUCCUGAACGCCUCGGGGUCGGGGCCGCUGCAUUACGAGCUCUACGUCUUCAGCUCCAAGACGCGAGCUUGGACUGUUAAGAAGCCCGUCCUGGUUCUGAACGAGCAGCAGCAGCGGCAGGCAGGGGAGUUUCGCCACAUCACGGCGAAGGUGAUCACCGUCGGCGGAGACUACGGCACCAUGGGCUUCGUAGACCAUUCACGGGGAAUCCUCUUCUGCAACGUGCUUCAAGGCGACUGCCCUCAUCUCCACUAUGUGCCUUUGCCGACGCCGCUCCAUCACAGCAGGCUCGACCCCCACGAUGCAUGGCGCGUCUCCGACAUCGCCGUCGACACCAAAGGCGGCCGCAUCAGGUUUCUCGAGAUGUGCCCUCGUGAGAAGACUCAUGGUUGGCGGGCCGUCACCUGGAGCAGGAAUGCUGCUAAUUACCAUGAGGGUUGGAGGCAGGACUGCGACCUUCUUCCUUCCCAGCUGCUCUCCGGCGACCUGCCCGAGCAGCUGCCCCUGCCCAGGGAGUCGUGCUGGGAUAACCGCGGACGACCUCCCCCGCUGACCACCCGGGACAUCGAGAGGAUGUACACCGAAUUUCCCACCUUGAGCUUGCACGAGGACAACACCAUGUACCUGAUGAUCAGUCGCCAUAUUGGCGCACGGAACUGGUGGGUGAUUGCUGUCGAUACGGCCAACAUGACUCUGCAAGACGUUGCUUACUACCGCCCAGAAAGCAGAUUAAUAUUUCGCCAUAGCAAGAUCUCCAACCAUCUCAACAUGGGCGCUUCUCCAGCUGCAAGAAAACGUCCUGGGGUGGAGGCGCUGGAGUCGUCUCGCAAGAAGAAAUUUAUCUUAUCUAUGGUGGAUGAUAUGGUGUCAUCCUCGGUUGGCCAACAAGAGCAGCACCAGGAUGCUGGAACUAUCAAGGGAGCUCAAUAUGGGGAUGAUAUGGACUUGGACAUGACUACAUUGUUGAUCGAGCACUAGAGAUAUGAUGGGUCUUCUUGUAAUAUGGUAACUUCUGCUUUUAUGUCAGACCGUCUCAGAUUUGCCAGACUAGUAUUCACAAGGCAGGGCGGGUGUUACAUGAGACAAUGUGUAGCUCUUGUUCAAAAUGUAGCAGGCUUUUUACCCGCAAAAAAAAAAUAUAGCAGGCAUCGCAUGUUUUAACAGUCAAUUUUA